GGAGGGCGUAUACCAUGGGGGGACGGGGGAAUGAUUGAUAUCCAUGCUCCGUCGAUACCGAUACGCAUGGAGAAGGAUGGCGAUAGCUGCUGCCAGACGAGCAGGUGAAGGUCAACCAUCCCGGCCGGCCACUAUCCGGGAAUUACAGGGCGUGGGCGGGAUUGUCGCUCUGCAGCAGCAGCGACCUGCUGUGAUAGCGAUAUAUAAAACGGUUUUGAACCCCGUCCCUCUGGAAGGAGUAUCAUACGUACAACAGACAAAAGUUUUUUGAACACUCCUGACCCAGACUCGACUCGACGAACGGAUCCCAACGGGCCCUUUGUCUGUGCUCACCGAGAUAUCUCGAACUCUCGAUCCGACCGAUUGCCACUACAAUAACCACGCACGAUGGAUAAUGUCGUGGAAGGAUACAAGCCGCCGCUGUCCCAAGCCUUUGGGUAUGGCAUCGUCAUUGGGCUCGGGGCGCUCUUCGCCCUGGGCAUGAUUGCGACCACAUGGGCUCUGAAGAGAUACCAGAAUGAAGUCCAGACCUCGGAGAUGUUCUCGACGGCCGGGCGUACGGUGAAGACGGGACUGGUAGCAUCGGCGGUGGUUUCCUCGUGGACGUGGGCGGCAACAUUGCUUCAGUCAUCCGGCAUUGCAUACAGAUACGGUGUCUCGGGUCCCUUCUGGUACGCCUCUGGCGCAACAGUCCAGAUCUUGCUCUUUGCUACACUCGCCAUUGAACUCAAGCGCCGCGCUCCAAAUGCUCACACCUUCCUUGAGGUGAUCCGCGCGAGAUAUGGAACUGCUGCGCAUUGCACGUUCAUGGUCUUUGGGCUGAUGACGAAUAUCCUUGUUACGGCGAUGUUGUUGACCGGAGGGUCCGCCGUUGUGACGUCUUUGACGGGAAUGUCUACAGAGGCUGCAUGUAUGCUCCUGCCCCUCGGUGUCAUUAUCUACACCGUCUUCGGAGGUAUCAAGGCCACCUUCUUGACGGAUUAUGUACACACCGUUGUCAUCCUGGUCAUUAUCUUCAUCUUCGCUUUCACCACCUACGCUACCUCCGAAAUCUUGGGAUCUCCGGCUGCUGUCUAUGAUGCCCUGGUCGCGGCUUCGGCGAGGCAUCCCGUGGACGGAAAUUCCGGUGGUUCGUAUCUUACCAUGCAAAGUCGCGAGGGAGCCAUCUUCUUCGUCAUCAACAUCGUUGGUAACUUCGGUACUGUCUUCUGUGAUAACGGCUACUACAACAAGGCCAUCGCCGCAUCUCCCGUAUCUGCGCUUCCCGGAUACGUCCUGGGCGGUCUCUCGUGGUUCGCGAUCCCAUGGCUCUGCGCCACCACCAUGGGUCUUGCCUGCCUCGCGCUCGAAACCCACCCGUCUUUCCCUUCCUUCCCCCUCCGCAUGUCCGAUGCCGAUGUCAGCGCUGGUUUGGUGCUGCCCAAUGCCGCCGUUGCUCUGCUCGGAAAGGGAGGUGCCGUGUGCACGCUGCUUUUGAUCUUCAUGGCUGUUACAUCUGCGAGCUCCGCCGAGCUCAUCGCCGUGUCUAGCAUCUGCACCUACGACAUGUACCAGACAUACAUCAACCCCCUCGCAACUGGACGAAGUCUCAUCUGGAUGUCCCACGCCUGUGUGGGCGCCUUCGGCUUCCUCAUGGCAGCAUUCAGUAUUGGGUUGUUCAGGGCUGGUAUAUCCAUGGGAUACCUGUACCUCCUCAUGGGUGUCAUCGUCAGUUCUGCGGUUCUGCCGGCAUCCCUCACCUUGCUGUGGAAGAAGCAAAAUAAGUGGGCAGCCACUCUGUCACCGAUUCUUGGCCUGGCCUGCAGUUUGACUGCGUGGCUCGUCACCGCAAAGGUCAUGGACGGACAUCUCUCUGUCGAGACCACUGGAAAAAACUACCCCAUGUUGGCUGGCAACGUGGUCGCUCUCCUUUCGCCCUUCAUCUUCAUCCCCCUCCUGACUUUCGGCCUCGGAGCCGACAACUACGACUACGAGUCGAUGAAGGCGAUUCGCCGUGCCGACGACCACGACCUUGCCCAGGCUGCGCAUGUGGACCUUGCCCUCGUCCCUGGCGAGAACCACGACGAAGCCGCUCAGGAGGCCGAGCAGAAGCAGCUCAGCCGUGCCGCCUUCAUCUCCCGCUUGAUCACCGUCAUCAUGACCGUUGCACUGCUCAUUCUCUGGCCCAUGCCCAUGUACGGUUCCGGAUACAUCUUCAGCAAGAAGUUCUUUACCGGAUGGGUUGCGGUCGGUAUCAUCUGGUUGUUCUUCUCCUCCUUCUGCGUCGGAUUGUACCCACUGUGGGAGGGGAGACAUUCCAUGUGGCACACCGUCAAGAGCAUUGGUGCCGAUAUUGUCGGCUCAAGGAGGCCCCGCGUCACUCGCGGCGAGACACCGAGUGACGAGCAAGGAUCCUCGAAAGAGGCCAUCCGUGAGAAAUCGGAGGCAUGAGAGACGAGAGGAGUGGAUAUGUGUUUACGAAUUUGGGCGUUUGGCUGUGUUGUACUGUAGUUAUCUUCAUGUGUGAUCCUUUGUUGAGUAAAAUUUGAGAGAGAAUUUAACUUAUUGAAUG